AUGUAUUUUACAGCUGCAUCUGUGAGCUCUGUCCCAGAUCCCACAUUAUUCUCCCAGGACAUUGGGCAGAUCUUACUUCAAAAGACAGCUGAAAAAGAAGAUGAACUGAAAAAAGCAUUUCAGACUCUUGAUGUUGGUCGGACCUUGACAGUCACAAAGGGUGAAUUCAGGAGAGUGAUUGAAACUUUUCUUUUCCCUCUAACACAAGCUGAAUUUGAUGCUAUGCUGGCAGAGGUAUGCUAUGUCAUUGCUGUUUACAAUCAUUUAGAGGCUGUUCUUAUUGAUGUCAAGAACAAAAUUUCCACAGGUUUCAAUGGAAGCAGGUUCCAAACCAGUAUUAUGAAAGAGAUGCUAAUACGAUCAUAUCGUUAUAUCCCCAACAUUGGCAAAGUUACUGUGCCAUAUCUUGACUUCCUGUCAAAGUUCACUGAAGUUGCCAAGAGUCCCAGCAUGCUAAAAAGGUUGAAAAACAGCCGAAGUAGCCAAACGAUGACAUUAAGUCAACUGGAAUCCCUCCUCAAAGAGAAAAUUGCGAAGAAUGUGAAAAGCAUUAUCAGGAACUGCAGACUUUUUGACUACAACCAUUCAGGACAGAUAAAAAGGCACACACUAAAGCAUAUUCUUGAGAUCACCUGUUUUAGGAUGAAGGACUCAGAAUUUGAAAAGCUGUGGAACCAUUACUGUGUUAGAGAUUCUAAUGUGGUGGAUUAUAAAGAAUUUCUGAAGAAUUUUGGCGUAAAUACAGAUACAGUUAAGGAAAAGAGUAGAGAAAACCAAGUUCCAGCACUAACCUGCCGGAAGAUAAAGGAGCGGAAACAGAAAAAUCUUCUGCAGCCUUCACCAGCAGAGUGCGCUGUGACAGACUGCAGUUUGGCUAGCACCGAGAGGGCAUUUAGGGAGAAGCUGUGUUCAGCCUAUCAGGACAUUGAAAAAGCCUUCAGAGCAAUUGAUGUCAGUCAGAGUGGAUUUGUGUCUUUGGAUUACUUAAAGUCGGUCAUAAAUGGCUUUAUAUUUCCUUUACCAAAUGAAACUUUUCAAGAGCUAAUGAAUAGAGUAAAUCCAGUUAGAGGAGAAGAUGAAACUCUCUGCAGUGACACUGUCCUUCAGAAGUUGCGCAGAUACAUCCAAGAUGCUUGUCCCUCUUUAAAGCAGGCAUUCCUGAUGCUUGUUGAAAGACGAGAUGGAAAGAUCACAAGAGAUGAGCUUCGUCACAUUUUAGAUUGCUUCUUACCUGAAAUAAAAAAUAAAGAUUUCCAGCAGCUAAUCCAAAUAGUUGAUCCAGAACAGACUGGAUACCUUGACUGUCAUAAAUUUUUAGACUUAGUUGAAGAAAAUGAAUAUCUAGUGACAGAGAUCCUUCCAGAUAAAAUCAUAGAAAACUGGAAAGAUUUUCAUAAGACUUUGCAAUCCUAUGAUCCUAAAUGUACUGGCACUAUUAGCAGAAGUCAUCUAAGAAAAGUUCUACAGAUGUAUUGUCCUUCUUUGUCAGAUCAACAAUUUAUGAAAAUGAAACAGAUUGAAGAUCAAACUAACAAAUAUACCAAGAAUAGAACUGUUGAUGAAGUAAUUGAAAGGCUGAAGGACAAAGUGUUACAACAGGCAGCAACUAUUAAAGACAGCUUUCUUGCCUACAACAAGCAAUCAAAUGGGAAAAUUACUAAAAUUGGUUUUCGGAAGAUGAUGAAUUCCUUAAGUUUUGGCAAUGCACAAAGGAUAGAAAAACAUAAUAUAUCUGCAUCCAGGGAUGGACCCUUGGACCCUGCAAAGUCAGCAGAGUUCAACUGGAUGUUGGAGGAUCAUAGCAUGCCAAUGGAUGACAAUCAAUUUAAUUUACUAACAGAAAAGUUAGGAUUCCUAGAUGGAGGGUUGAGUUAUCUGGAUUUUGUGGCAAUAUUUGAAGAUGCCAGAUUGAAUGGGCCAGGAGCUACAUUAUGUCACAGCCCAAACCACAGAGGAAAUAAUGCUAAAUAUCACUACAUGACUGCUGAAGAAUGUCUCAGUCAGCUUAAUGAUAAGCUGAUGGAAGUCUAUGGGGACACCUAUUCUGCCUUCCGUAACACAGACAGUAACCAUGACGGUAUUGUCAACAUGCUUGACUUUCGACACCUCUUGGACAGCUUUCUGUUUAGUCUUAGAGAUGAGGAGUUCUUGCGCCUACUUGGUAUGUUGAGAAUGAACUUGACCUCCACAUUAAACUAUCGAGAAUUUUGUCAACUGUUCCAGACCCAAGAAUCUAAGGAGGUACCUCCUUGGCUGAUUCCACCUCCCAAUCUUGAUCUCUGUGGAGUUCAGUCCAAGAAUGCUGGUGAACUGGGUGAAGAAGCUGUAAAAAACCAGAUGAUAACGGAUGCAGAGCUAGCUUGUGAUCAGGCUCAUUACUACCUUGCUAUCAAAGCAAGAACCAGAUGGCAUGACCUAGCAAGGAGUUUUCAGGAAUAUGACAGUGAAGGAAAUGGCAUUAUACAGCCAGAGGAUUUGAAAAAGGUCUUAUUCAGAUUUGGCAUUCCAGUCACCCCAGAAGAAUUUAAGAAGCUUUGGGCAAGGUAUGAUACAGAUGCAAAAAGAUAUCUUACUCACCAAGAAUUUUUACAGAAACUGGGGAUAGAGUUUGCACCCACUGACACAGAGCUCAGCAGACAUAUCACAGAAGACAACUAUGUACACUUAAAAGUUACUGAUGUAGUUCUUAUGAACAAUGGUGUUUCCAGGGUUCUGAGAGUUGUGGGGAAAUUACUAUGUGUUCAUAUGAAGUACAAACUCCAGAAGGACAGACUCUUAGGAGAAACAAUUGGCAAGGAAAAUAUAUUGCUCUUGAGUAAAUUUAGGGAUUACUUCCAAGAUUUCAACCAGGUCUUUCGAAAAAUGGAUAAAAAUAGAGAUGGCUACAUAACAGUAUGUGACCUGCACAAGAUACUGCAAGAAAUCAACUAUUUCCUUGACUACGAUCAGUUCAAUGGUCUUCUAAAUGGGUUAGGAAUCAGCAUUCAUGACAGCAAGCUCUCUUAUUUUGAUUUCCUGAGAGCAAUUGAUGAUGGCAGAGCAUCUAAAUACCAACAGAGACAAAAGCAGGCUGUACCACCUGCAAGCUUUGCAGCUCUCAGCUUAGAAAAGACUCUAAUUAAGAUAAAAGAAAUAGUUGCAUCAUCUUAUGAUUUGUUGUACAAGGCAUUUUCAAUAUUUGAUAAAGAAGAUACUGGGGUAAUUAAAACACUGGAAUUUCGGCAGGUACUGGACCAUUUCUGCUUUAAAUUAUCAGACGAACAAUUCAAACACCUUCUCAAGAAACUUAAACUUUGUGAGGAUUUGACAGUAAACUGGAAGAUUUUUCUGGAAAACAUCGAAUUCCACUCAGAGACAAAAGAAGGGCAAAAAGUCACUCUACCUAAAUCAUCUUGGGAGCUGUCAAAGAAAGGCAUCCUCUCCCGAAUACAAGAAGUAGUGACUGCUUGCUUUAACACCAUUGCAAAAGAGUUUAAAGAUAUUGACUCAUCAAAAGACAACACAGUAUCAAAAGAGGAGUUCUGGGAUAUAUGUAACCAACAUUUUCUGCUGCUGACUGAAGAACAAUUUGAAAAUCUUUGGAACACAGUGGAUGUCAGUGCUGGUGGCCGGUUGAAGUAUCAGGACUUUUUGAAGAAGUUUAGCUCAGAACUUAUAACGAUGCCAUCAAGCACUUCCAGUGCAACUAAUUCUGCGUCUUCUACCAAGCCAGUGAUUGGUGCCUUGCUGGAGCCACAGGUAUCUUCUCAGCGUGAACGUCCCAAGACAUCAUCUUCUCUGGAAGGGCAAAAAAGAAUACCAGCAUCCAGCCGUCCUCAGACAACAGCAGCAUGUUCUGGACUUAUCCUUAACUGUGAACCAAUAGAAAAUAAGAUAAGAAAGAAUAUCAAGCAUUCCUGGAGAAGAAUACUGAAAGAGUGCAAAGAGAAGGAUGUCAGUAAGCAAGGAGAAAUCCCAAUGUCAGACUUCCUAGAUGUAGCAGAGAAGUUCAAGUUGAAUUUAAGUGAAGAGGAAGUUAAACAAAUUACAAAAAAAUAUGAUUUCAAGAACGAUGGAAAAUUUGCGUACUGUGACUUCCUUCAGAGCUGCAUCUUGUUUUUAAAGCCCCGGGAAACCUCCUUGCUACAAAGGAUGAUUAUACAGAAGCCGCAAAUACCACUGAGUCCUGGACCACAAACCACAUCAUUCUUCAGUGCAAUGUUGAGAAUUCAGCCCCAGAUCCUGCACUGCUGGAGGCCAAUGAGGCGAACUUUUAAAUCUUACGAUGAAAGUCGAACUGGAUUGUUAAGUAUUCCAGAUUUUAGACAAGUUCUUCGUGAGUACUGCAUUAACUUAACUGAAGAAGAGUUAUUUAACAUCUUGGAAUAUUAUGAUAAAACUCUGUCUUCAAAAAUAUCCUAUAAUGAUUUUCUCCGGGCAUUUUUACAGUAG